GGGGAGAAAGCGCCAGAGAAAUGGAGAGCCGACCAGAAACUGCUGCCGCCGUCCGUGGGCCCCGCUUCGCCGGCGCCGGCCGCCGAGGCGCGCUUCUCCUCGCGCUGCUCCUCGUCGCCGCGGCCGCCUUCCUCCCAGUCGCCGAGCCCUCCUGUCCUCGAGACAAUUCAGUGGUGAAAGACAUAAACCAAAUGCACCAGAGCAACUAUGGAUUGGAAGGAUUAUCGCAUAUAACCGUUGCGGGAGCGCUUGCUCAUGGCAUGAAAGAGGUGGAGGUGUGGCUUGAGACAGUCAGCGCCGGCAAAAGGACGCCGAUCCACAGGCACUCGUGCGAGGAGGUCUUUGUUGUCCUCAAAGGGAGAGGCACACUUUUGCUGGGGUCGACAUCGCUGCCGUACCCAGGGACGCCUCAAGAGAUUCCUUUCGCUCAGAAUAGCACAUUCACGGUUCCUGUAAAUGAUCCGCACCAGGUUUGGAAUUCUGAUGAACAUGAAGACCUGCAAUUUCUUGUGAUCAUAUCGCGCCCACCUGUGAAAAUAUUUCUGUAUGACGACUGGAGUAUGCCUCACACGGCAGCGAAACUGAAGUUCCCCUUUCUCUGGGAUGAGGACUGCUUAGCAGCACCUAAAGAUGAACUGUAGGUUCCAAAGUGCUUAUGGCAGUAAGUUGGCCGCUUCAUUCAAGGUAUAGCACGGAUGAACUGGGAUCUGCUGCUACUGUAACACCAUCACCUGCUUCCUAGUGCAUGUCUGUAAUGUCCUUUCUUUGCGGACAAUAUUUUCGUCAUGGCCUAUAUAUGUACUGUACACUAUUUCAGAAUGUGCACUCCUGUAUUAUAGCCUGCGAGCCAGUCGCAAUGUAAUUCCUUGAACGUGAUAAACGGGUAGGAUACAAUUACUAUCGUGUAUUAAAUUAGUGAGAGUAUUAUCUUAA